CAGACUUCCCCUCCUGGAAAUAGCCAUCACAGCCAACAGCAGGAGCGCGUUCUUAAGCCACCAUCACAGUCGAUAUUGGCCGGCAUGUAUCACCCUAUUGCUAGCGCCGGCUGCAUGCCUAGCCCCAGACAAUUGCAGCCGCAAUCCACAACAACUACAUUGGCAUUGGAACAGUACCGUCUACAGCUGUACAACUAUGCGCUUAACAUUGAGCGCUUAAAAAGCCCUCAAUACGCAGCAGGUGCUGCAGCAUCAACUACAUCAAAUGGCGUUUCGCCAUGGAUGCAUUCAUACAACGCGGGACAGGUGCACUGCGCUGGCCAAGCUAGUGUAAAUCGUUUAUCAACCAUCUCGCUCUUUCCCCAGUCACAGCGCAUUUUCCAGCAAGAGGAGCCGAAGCCGCAGCAUAGCUACAUAGGACUUAUUGCUAUGGCAAUACUAAGCUCCAGCGAUAUAAAGUUGGUGCUUUCCGACAUUUAUCAGUAUAUAUUGGAUAACUAUCCAUAUUUUCGUACACGCGGGCCAGGCUGGAGAAACUCGAUAAGGCACAAUUUAUCGCUGAAUGAUUGCUUUAUUAAAUCAGGUCGCAGUGCCAAUGGCAAAGGUCACUAUUGGGCUAUUCAUCCGGCAAAUAUGGAAGACUUUCGCAAAGGUGAUUUUCGACGUCGAAAGGCUCAGCGUAAAGUGCGCAAGCAUAUGGGACUUUCUGUGGACGAUGCUAGUACUGAUUCACCCAGCCCACCACCAUUAGACUUGACCACCCCUCCACCACCGUCUUCAUCACAGGCAUCCCUACAGUUGGCUGCCGCAAACUACCCCUACCAUCACCAUUAUUUUGGUCAGCUUUUCGGACGAAGCAUUGUUAACUCCUUACCGUCUGCAACCCAUAUUCCUCCAUUUUUGUCAUCAGGAACAACUACAGCCACGACUUUACAGCAGCGCCAACAGAUCCACAUCCAACAACCAGAAUCGGAAGGACAACAAUCCCAACGACACAAAACUACCACAUAUCAGCCUUUGCAUCUCCACCAACACCAGCACCAACAACAACAUCAGCAUAUUGCUUACAUAAACUCAACGACAACCACAACAAUAGCAAAUCUAUACUCCCAAACGCGCAAGCGGCAGUUUGAUGUGGCCUCUUUACUAGCUCCUGACGUGCAAAUAGUUGAUGUUGAUAUUGUUGAGGAUGACGCUCGGACAACAAGACAGACUCAGCAUACAGUGAUUACAAAGGUGCAAGUACAGAAGCAACAAACCAUACACCGAGAAUUAGUUGUUGAGCCACCCAGUGACAGUCCUUUAGAAAAUGUGAAUACUCAACCGAUUGAUACGGACGGCGAUCCAGAUGUCGAUGUGGAUGGAGAUGAUGAACAACAAGAACAAAAAGAAGAUUGCGACCACGAGCACCAUACAACACACUCACAUCAUCAUUUAAGUACAGAGGUUUUUAAACGUAUUCUCUCACCCGCCGAUGCUGACAAUAACUCAUACUUAUGUGACGGCAGUAGACAAUUUUCAUUUGAUGGAGACAUAGAAGAACACGAGGAAUCCGAGCAGCACAAUUUUACGGUUUCAAUGUCUCCAAUCUUAGAAGGCAGCUCAGUAGCCAGCAGUCAACAUGACUCUAAUUCGUUAGAAGAAUGCUCAAUGGCUGUUACCGCUUCAGCCACAUCAACUCUUCCAAGUAUAUCGCUUCCCAAAGCGUAUGUUGACCUAAGCCACCAUGUUGACCCACAAAUACUCAGCAGAUAUUAUGGCACGUAUAUGGCAGCAGCAGCUCGUCGAGCUAGCCUAGAAGCAACUAGAACUCAUGCAUCGCUUACUCCACCGCCGCAUAUUGAAAUGGUGUCGCAUAAGUCAUAAUCAAAGAAACAUAGAAAAAUAAGAGAACACCGUUUGUGUACAAAGGUUUGAAUAAACGCAAAGUAA